ACUCCGGAGAGGCGGAAGUGCGUCAGCAGGAAGAUGGAGCGUUUGGACAAGGCGGUGUUGAAUGCGGCUCCGAUCGCCGACUUCAGGGGCAAUGAUGGCUCAUUGUUAGCAGUGCUGAAGACUCUUCUCUUUUUCACAUUCCUGAUGAUCACUCUACCAAUUGGGUUGUAUUUUGGGACAAAGUCUUAUGUGUUUGAAGGCACACUUGGAAUGUCAAACAGAGACAGCUACUUCUAUGCUGCCAUUGUCGCUGUGGUGGCUGUUCAUAUUGUGCUGGCCUUGUUCGUAUAUGUGGCGUGGAAUGAAGGCUCAAGGCAAUGGCGCGAUGGCAAACAGGAUUAAAUGCAGCUUUGUUUGAGUGGGAUCAGGCUGCUGCCAUUCAAACUUCAAUCCUGGGGUUGGAGCUGAAAUGGUGAGACAGAAGAUUGGCUGAAAGGCAGAUCAUGAAACCCAUAAGAGGUUCUUUUGGGAUCGGAGAAAUUGGAGCAAAGUGAAGAAAAAUGAAAAUGACAGUAUGGUUGAGGCUAAAAUCAACUUUCAAAAACAAGUGUCUGUCUUAUUUCUCCGGCUUUCCAUUAGUUCAACAGUUGUGAAUGAAAGACUUUACCCAUGCACUUUAAAUGUACACUAUUUACAUUUACUAACAAUAUGACACUUGUGGCUUGAAAUACGGCUCAUUAAACUUUAGAAUACAAAUGUUACUAUAACAGGUGGUAACCUGUUUAAAGUAGCAGGAUGGAGUUCUUAGAAUUCUUGUGUUUGAAGAGCCUAGGUUCAGAAAAUUAGUCCUCCUGCAUUAUAUAUGAAAGUGUUUAUUUGUGCUAUAAUCUGUGCAGGUGCCUACUUGUGUCUAGAUCUAUCAUUGUGGUGUAAGUUAACGUUCUUAAUUAUGGAUUCUGGUGAAGUAAUCAAUAUUGUUACCUGCAAUCUGGCAGAUUAUGCUUUCCUCUUGCACAUUUUUAAAAAGGAUUACAUGUGUUAAGAUUGCUGUGAAAGACUGCUCAAUGUUCAGUAAUCUUGUAUACGAAAUUGUUUUGGAAUUGUAAGACUCAUUCCAACUUUGCUGUCUAAUCUCAGGUGCCUGGUAGAAUGUCAAAUGCUUUAGAAGAAUCUGCAUUUUGAAAUGAACUCCUUCCCUAAGGAAUCUAAGGUAUCAUGUUUGUUUUUUCUGGUUCCUCAAAUCUGUAUGGCCUUUCAGAAAGGUUCAACGAAGACAGCAUUGCAUAUAGUUAAGGAUAUGUAAUAUGGUAAUGGAAUUCCAUCUUUUGGUCAUGUCUCCAAAUUUUUCAAAGUUUGUAAGGCUAGAAAUUGCUCUUGGCUAAAUGCUAGCACCAGAAUUACUAGCACAAAAUCUAGAACCUUUGAAGCUUUUUAAAGCCAGUAACCAAAAUGUUGCUGGGCUGUACGGCAAGUAAUGUUUUUCUACAAAUUCUCCCAGUGCCAUUGGCCAGAUUUUUCUCCUUUUGAAAGAUUGCGCUCCCUUUAAAAUGGAUGAAUUGAAGAAUUCAUGCUGAGCAUUUUAAUAUUUGUUCUAAUGUGAAAUAUUCAGUCUAAAUGAGCAAAACUUGAGACACUGUGGAGCAUGUCUUUCAAUAUAGUACUGAAGAUGUAAAGUUGAAAUGGACAGUGCUUUGAACCAGAUCUCUUAAGGAAUGAUCCAUACUGUAAUUUUAAAAUCGUCCGUUUUGAUUUUCUAAGAGCAUAUCAGUAAAAUUCAGGAUCAGGAUUAAGAACUAUACAUGGUAUAUUGAAAUUCUGAGCUGGUAUAGUAAGAGGUAGCCCAUAUUAUGCUUUUUGACAAGUGCAAAGUGCUCUCACUGAGCUGUCCACCCCAAGAGAGGUAGAUUGUUAAAGUAUUGUGUAACUGAUGUAAUUGGAGAAUUAUUGUAAUUUGGGAAAUAUUGGCCCGAUGAUGCCAGCAAAAAUUACCUUACAGACUGAAAAUUGUGGAAUUUCCUUAAGAUUGAACUUUUGAGUCAAGCCUUGAAAAAUGCAUUGUAAACUGCCUUUGUUCAAUGUGAGUUAUGUUACAAAUUGUUUAAUUGUAAUGUGGUGAAAUUAAUUUGAAUUUGUACUGUCCUUAUUUCUGAAAUUCCAGCAGAUGCUUUGAUAUUGUAGAAUAGAUCAAGACUCUGCUGAUUUGUUUAAUCAUGAUUUCUUAUUGGCUGACUAAAAUUUCCAAACUGUAAAGAAAAGCUAACUUAAUGCUUUAUCACAAUUAACUGAUUUCUUUGGAGUGUAAUUUCUGUUUAAUUAAAGUAAACAUAGCAACAUUUA